AAGCAAAGAAAAUAGCUUUUCAUUUAUCAUCUCUAAUUUACAAAACAUUAGUACGUAGCUUUUUGUUGUUGUUGCGAUCGAUAUAGUGAUCAUGGCAAAGAUAUCAUGUUCUUAUUUCCUCGUACUCAUGCUUGUGGUCUCAGUUUUUUCAGUAGUUGAGAAGGUUAAGGGAGAUGGACGUUGUACUAUAACCAUUGAUCCAAAAGCUCCAUCAUGUGACAUUAUUGAAUGUCGUCUAUCCUGCAUAACGGGGUACAAUGGAGAUGCAGAAUGUAUUGCAUCCAAAAUUGGUAGACCUCCUAAUUGUGUAUGUACUUAUGAUUGUUAAAGAGAUAAAUUUCUAAAUAAUAAUGUUUUAUAAUGAAUAAAAUUGUUUCCUUCAU